CUUCCAAGCCGUGCAUAGCGUGCACCAUUCAAUAAUAUUAAAACUUUUUUUAUUUGUGUCCGCUUUCAUUGAAAAGCGAGAUUUCCGCUUAUGUUGUAUGGUAGACAUGCGAAUAGAUGAUUCCACGGUUACUCCCACUAGGGACGAAGAUAAGGAUAUGAUUUUGACCUCUAGUUCGGAGACAGCUUUGAACAAUUCAAGCGUACAAGCUCUUGACUGUGGAAACAAUUGCUUGAAUGGCAUUAAAUGGCCGCCUGAACAUCACACAAAGACUACGAGUAGCCGAAAAGAAGAUACUACCUUCAACGAUUUAAAGCUUAAUCCCUCCUUAGUUACUCAUGGUGGAAGGGUACUAAAAAAACCUGCACGUUAUAUGGAAUCUGACUCCGACGAGGGAGCAAGUGCGCGAAGGAAGUUUCCUUCAGUGAAGAAAAGAAAGCGUCUGCUCUCUGAUUCUUCGCGUCCUAAAUGUAAAAAUGGUAGAACAAAGUCUCUCGAAAAAGAUUCUUCUGAUCUAUUGUUGAGUCAUAGAAUUAGAGGAAGGCUCCUGUCGCCUGAGCGGCAAAACGGCGAAAUUUUAGACUUAAAAUACGAGUUGGACCUUGGAUCGACGCCUGGCAUGGCGAGUUCUUUGUCAACAUCUCCUCCUUCUCGUACUCAGCCAGGUGAAUCUGUUUGUGUGAAAAGUACUACAAGUGAGCUGCAAACGGAGUCGGAGAGUUCAAAUUCCUUCGAGACACCUUUGAAACGCAAAAGAGGUAGACCUCCGAAAAAUCUAACACAGUCUUUAGGGAAAUUACAUUCAGUUGACAUUCGUUCGAAUUCGCCACAUGGCAAUUGUGAAACAAGUGCCACGAAAGCAUCUCUCGCGUCACCUUCAACUUCAAAAUUUGGCAAGAAAAGAAAACGGUCGAAAGGCAUACGCUAUUUGCAGGAGAACUGUUUAUCGUCUAGCAGCGACGAGAAUGAAAAAACGCCGUCAACUCCCAGGAGAAGGGGUCGACCACCGAAGAAAUUGUUGUCGAGUUGCGAAACAAAACACAAAAUAUUCAGGACACCGAAUGGCGUUAAAAAACCUUGGGUGCGGCCGCUUUUGAAAGCUGUCGACAAACGUUCUUUCGUGAAACCUUCUAAGAAAUCGCUGGACUUAAUGCUACCUUCACCGGAAACGUUCGUGACCGGGGUAAACUCUAAGUUCGUUGGGGUUAAUGGCUGCAGAAUCCUCUCGUCUGGGAAGGAGGUUAAACGCAAACGUGGUCGCCCUCCAAAGCCGAAACCCGAGCUUUCUUUUGAAUCAGACAAUAUUCUAAGUGAUGCAUUUCAUUUUACUGGAGAAGACGAACAGAGCGAUGGUUCACCGACAUUGAAACGUAAGUUGAAGAAGUUGAAGCUUCAAAAAAAGAACGACAAAAGACCUCUUGGCACUUGUACUCUCAAGAAGAGAGAAGUUACGGAAAAACUCAAACGUAAGGUCGUGAGUAAAGACAGAAAAAACCUUGAGGUAAGAGCUCAACCUAAUGUUGCUCAAUCUGACUAUGAGCCAUUGGUGGAAACUAAAGAAAAUCUCCAUAAACGUAGAAGGAGAAACAAAGCUGAUAGAAUACUUGGAAUGAGACGAAAUCUCUCUGGGACAUAUGAAUAUCUAGUGCAGUGGAAAGAUGGAACUAGUUCAUGGGCUCCAUCGGAUGAGCUAUCCGAUUAUGAACUGGACUUCAAAUGUUUUCUUGGGCAUGAUUACCAAGACAUGACAGUUGUAAACAGACUGGCGUACAAAGCAUAUUGGAAAGAAGACUUGAUUGAAUACCAUAGGAACCAAUGUGAAAUUGAUAGAUUGGCUGCAACUGAUGAUGGGCACUCGGUGCAUGUUAGCUCAGAAGAGCAUUACUUUGAUGGACAAAUUAAUGAUUCAGAUCCUUGUCAAAAACAUUACAUCUGUAAAGAGGUGUCAGUGCAGAAAUUAAACGAUUGUGUUCAUGUAACUAUCAGUCGCUCUUCCAGCAAGAGAAGCAAAAUCAAUCAACGAAUUGUGGACUCGCUCACUCUUGUCAUGGAAGAUGCUGCUAUAGAUGAGUCACAAUUUGUCAUCAUUAGUGGCUUAGGAGAAGAGACUUUCUGCGGAGUCAAUCUCAAAGACCUAACGCAAGUUCCUUGUGAGGAAGAACUGAGACAUUAUAGAAGAGAUGUGGAUAAAGUCAGAUAUUUGGUGCAGGUGUUAAUUGACUUUCCAAAGCCAGUGGUUGCAGCAAUCAAGAAGCCAGCGCUAGGACUGGGUGCAAAACUUGUUUCUCUCUGUGAUUUGGUUUGUGAUGAGGCUUCCCUUGGUGAGCCAGUUGCUCUUCAGAAUGUAUCCAAGGGACGGGUCCCUUAUGGUUUUGCAAAGCUUAUGGGACAUACUUUAAUAAAUGAACAAAUUCUGAUUGGGCACAAAGUACCCACUUCUCAACUUGAUUGUCUACAUUCAGCAUCUGAAGUCUUCAAUCACACACGUUACACAGCGACAGUUUCAGCCUCACUGAAGGCUAUGAGUCUUCCAAAUGGAAUGUCUUAUGAUGACUGUAUGCAGACACAUCCUGCUGCAGACUCGCUGUCAGAACUGGAACAGCAGCUUCUAAAGGAAGAGAAGAAGGCGAGGAAUGAUUGCAUUGAAGAGAUGAAAGCUUUGUGGAAGGAGGUUCACUCUCAACAGCCACUGGACAUCUAGGGGAGAAAACUGGUGUACAAGGACCACAACCAAAAAAAUAACUUGACACCCACCAUGUGGCAUUAGGCCAGGGAAAUGGGAAUCAAACCUGGGACACAAGUGUGGAAGGUCAAGAUGGUUUCCCACUGUACACACAAAGAAAGAAAAGUACACUCCUGCAGGUAUUCCUUAAAACAUUUGGAAUGGAGGCCUUGCAGAGAAAUUCCCUCUUCCCCUGCCCUCCACUGCAGAAGCAACCAUGUCUACUUAGAGAGUGUUGACUGCAAUGGGUGCAUUAAGGCUAAUUAAAACAAAAGGCUUAUUAUGGCAAGAGCAGAUCAUUCUUCCCUUUUGUGACUGCAUAGACAUGUAUAAACUGAAAUAUUUGUAAAGUUAUCAUUAGGAAAGUUUUGAGGUGAAGUUAAUAUAUACGUGUAAUUAUGUAUAUAUCCAUAAUUAGACAAAAAUUAAAUAGUGAGAGUUUUCCAUACAUGCUUACAGAUUAUAAAAUUGCAAACACACGCUAUUAUGAUACUGACAAGAACAUUGAUCCCAUUGGAGAAAAUUAAUUUACCAAAUCUAAGUCUUUCUUGAAAUUCUCAAAAUGCUGGACCCAGCCCAGCCAAAUCUCACUUUUUGUUCAUUUUGUUAGUCAUGUGAAUAAAGCAAAUUAAGAAUUAAUGGUACAAGUGAUCCCUGCUCUUUGUAGCAACAAAUUAAGUUGAAAAAAUCCUCACAUUCUUUUAUAUGUUAAAUUUAUGGAGAUUGACAACUAUUAAAGAUUCUGAACAACAGUUAAGUAAACUUGCUUGUACUCAUUGUUUGAGUACGGUUAGAAAUCUUUCCUUAAAAAAACUAUGAACUUUACUCUUUCACAGGUAACAUAGCUACUAGUAGAGCAUUUGCAAACUUAAGAACAUACCCUAGUUUUCAAAACAUCUGCAACAAUUCUCAGGCAUGUUACACCAAUCUCAUUGCACUAGCUAUCCUGAAUCAAGUCAUUAUUUUUGAGCACUUGUUGUACCCAUAUCAACAGGCAGUUUACACUGUCCUCACUGCGCUAGCCCUCCUGUAUGGAGUCAUUAUUUUUUUUUUAGGACUUGUUGUACCCAUAUUGAAAGGUAGUUUAUUUGUAUUUAUGCCUAGUGCUAUAUUUAUUGCAUGCAUUGCUUUAUGUAGUCCACCACACACCGGUCAUGGGCAACUUUCCAAAUGAAAGGUAUCUAUAUUUUUGUGCAUUUUGUGAACUGUUGUGUAUAGAUAGGUUUUUGAUAUCAUUGUUACCAAAUGAAAAAGUUGAAGUAUUAAAAGUGAAAGAAACUUGUUUAAACAUUUUGCGUCGUUGUUUGUGUUUUACAAUAUUUAACCCUGACACCCUAGCAUCAGUAUGCAUAUUCUCUGUAUUGAUUUAUUUGCAUUUUGUAAGGUGUUGACAACGAGAAUUUGUUUAGCAAUCGAGAGGUUCUUCAGGUGGUGACGGGUUCCUUUAUUCUUGUGACCUUAAUGUGUGAUUUAGUCACUGGUAGGAGUUAAAAGGUGAACUCCUUGGAGUGACCAAGACAGAAUUUCUCCUUACAAUAUCAAUACAAU